UAUUUGCAAGGUGCAACCUUUACUUUACCUUUUCUUCCCAUUCUCUCCCUCAAUUGAAUCAAUGCACUGACCCUCCCUCUCUCGGCCUCUCAGUCGCACCCCUCCGCGCCGUCGCCUGUUUGAUCGGAAGCCACACCGGAGUUUCACGGCCGCAGACUUCAUCUCCAUUUUGGGUCUCUCUAUUUGCAUCAAUCUUUCGCACAAGUUCAGUAAUGUCGACCUUUUUCCGUUCAUCCUUGCGCUCAUUUGCCACCACUGCCAAAUCUGCACACCACAACAAUCAUCGUGACAACCACAAGUUCCUCCCACCAACCUCGUUCCUGGGUAGCUGGGAGGCACCGAAGGACCCCAAGGAGGCUGAGGCCAAGCUUGCUCAGCUUCGCAGGGACUACGCGAAGCAGGUGAAGGAGCUUCGGAAGGAGUACAUCGAAGAGAUGGAGCUGAUGCGCCUUGAGAAGCAGCGCAAGGAUGAGGCUCGCAGGGAAGCCCUCAGAGUCGCCACCGAAGAGCGCAAGAGGCUCAAGGCUCAGGAGGCUGAGAUCAGAGCCCAGCAACGCAACAUUGAACAGCAACAAUUUCGAGAAACCCUUUUAAAAGAAAGAGCAGAGAAACUUGAAUACUGGAGGAGGAAAGUCAAAAUGCACGAGGAGAAGAAGGCAGAGAAGAAUGAAUUAUUGCGUCGACAAAGUUCGAUGUGGGUUGAUGAAGCUGAAAUUGAGAAGCAAAUAUUGGAUACCGUAAUUGCUACAACGCAUUUUUGAGCCCCUUGAAGUAUAUCGAUACUGAUUAGUAGAAUCUAGUCCUGUGUGCAAAGCAGCAUCAUAUAAUUAGUUCUUGCUUUCAGAGUAUCACACAAGUUGCAUGGUCAUGCAUGGAAAUAAGCCUUGCAUUGUCUUAUUUGGGAAUUUUGAAGGAAAUACUUGCUAUGGGGGUGCAAACUAUGGUGUUUCUUUGAAGUUACUUGGUAAAACAAGUUGUGAUUUUGGCUUUGAUGCAGAUACCUUUCUGGUUAGAUUUGGACAUUUUUAAUUUGAAAUAGGUUGUUUGGUUCAUGGUUUCCUAACAUUAACAUGUAGAAUCAGUUAACCUGGAAAACCCAGGCAAUAAAUGAUUAGUGACCAAAAAAUAUGUUGAGUAUGCUUCUGAUGAAUGCUCGAGGUUUCUUCC